AUGACAUAUCGAUUUGUCACUUCGAUUCGCGGCAGUCUCUGCAAUUUGAUCUACACCAAGACAUUGGAUCUCAGCAGCACGGCUCUCGACGAGUCCGUGGCGGUAUCGCUCAUGUCCACGGACACCGAGAGUAUCUGCCAAAGCGCCGCAACCUUGCACGAGCUUUGGGCCUCGCCGAUCGAGUCUGCAGUCGCCAUCUUUCUCUUGUACAGGCAGCUUGGCCUUGCCGCGCUGGCCCCGGUCGUUGUAGCAAUCAUUGACACUACUAGCAUGUUACAGCUUGCCCAGUUCAUUGGCAUGGCUAAGAGGAGAUGGAUGAGGGGUAUCCAAACGCGGGUCGAUGUAACGGCUUCUGUCCUCACAUCCAUGAAGGAAGUCAAAAUGCUUGGCUUGUCAGAUAUUGUCGCGAACAUGAUCCAGAACCUCCGCGUCACAGAGCUGGACUUGUCCAAGCAGUAUCGCAGGCUGUUAGCCAUACAGACUUUCAUUGGUAGACUGCCCUUGAGCAAGCGGGAUAAUCAUCCAAGCCAAGACGAUGAGAAAGGAGACACGCUUGUGGCAAUAUCAGGAGCCACUUUUGGCUGGGUUCCCGGAAAGCCAGACAUCCUUAACGACACCACCUUUAAUAUCCGCAGGUCUUGCUUCACCUUCAUCUUCGGGCCUGUGGGCUCGGGUAAGAGCACCCUCAUGAGAGCCAUUUUGGGAGAAGCCCCGCUCCGAGCGGGCUUCAUCCAUGCCGAUCCCGGCAACAUUGCUUUUGUUGGUCAGGAGCCCUGGAUCCAGAACCUGACGAUACGCCAGAAUAUCCUAGGUCGUGUCAGCUACGACGCGGAAUGGUACAGCAAAGUGGUCUACACGUGCGGGUUGGAGCAGGAUAUUGGCGAGCUUCCAGACGGAGAUGCGACGAUGGCGGGCAGCGCGGGUUUUUCGUUGAGCGGCGGCAAAAAGCAGCGGCUCGCCUUGGCCCGAGCCGUCUACUCCAGAGAAAAGAUAGUUUUGUUAGACGAUGUCUUUGCUGGACAGGAUACGGCCACCGAGGAGCACGUCUUCCAGAAUCUUUUUGCCGAGACGGGUCUUUUCCGGCAGAUGAGCAUAACUGUGGUCUGUGUCACGAAUGCCAUCCAUAGACUCGCCUAUGCCGAUCAUGUGGUCGCUCUGGAUUAUCGCCACAAAACUGUUCCAAAGGGCCGAUACGAAAAUGAUGCUGGUCAGAACAGCGACAACUCUGAAUCGGCCGGACAAGUCCUCGGCGAGUUUGCCACAUAUGCAUAUUACUUUGGCUCCGUCCCUGUAUGGCACACCAUACUGUUCGCUUCCCUCAUAAUUCUGUACGCGGGAGGUGAUAAGAUGACGGCACUCGUACUCAGCUUCUGGACGGACACUGGGGAAGAACCCGGCCAAGCCACCAAUGAUUACUACCUUGGGCUCUUCGGAAUGCUCACUGGGCUCGCUGUCUUGGGUAUCACAGGGACCGCUUAUUUCUACCUGGUCGUCAUGGUGCCUUUGAGCUCUGAGGUUCUCCACGCUCGGCUUCUACAUUCCGUCAUGAAUGCCCCUGUGGCCUUCUUCUCGCGCACCGACGUCGGAGUCACCACAAAUCGCUUCAGCCAGGACAUGUCGGUCGUCGACACCGAGCUGCCCUUCGCCUUUGUAGAUUUAUGCGUCAAUUUUUCCCUCAUCAUCAUGUCGGUCAUCCUGAUGUGUGUCUUUUCUGGGUAUUUUGCAGCCACAAUUGUACCUUUUGUGGCUUUUUGCUGGUUGCUGCAAAAGUUCUACGUACGGACGUCUCGGCAGAUCCGACUGUUUGAUCUCGAAGCCAAAUCUCUCCUCUUCACGCAGUUUUUUGACCUUUUCCAGGGCCUGUCCACGGUGCGAGCGUUCGCGUGGGGGCCGCGCUUCAUUGAGCGGUACCUGGACCUUCUCGAUGCCUCGCAAAGACCCUUUUACUUGCUCUUCUGCAUCCAGCGCUGGCUGGGCCUCCUACGGGCGCAGCUGUCGGCGCACGGCCACGUCAUCAUCAAGGAUCUUGUGGCCUCAUACGAUGCGCGCAGCGGCGGCGAGCCCGUCCUGCGCGGCGUUAGCCUCGGCAUUCCCGCCGGUGCCAAGGUCGGCAUCUGUGGCCGCAGCGGGAGCGGCAAGAGCUCGCUCUUGGGCUGCACUCUGCGCCUCCUCGAAGUCGGCCCCGGCUCGCGCAUCACCAUCGACGGGGUCGGUAUCACGACGCUACCACAGCAGACUGUGCGCGCUGCAGUGGCUGUUGUGCCGCAACACCCUUUCUUCUUGAAGCAUACGAGCCUCCGCGACAAUCUUAUCGUCCUUCACCGACAGCAGCAGCAAACCGACGACGACAAGAUCCUCCAAGUCCUGCGCCGGCUCAAGAUGGACGAUAUCGUGGAUCGCCUGGGCGGCCUAGACAGCCUACUGGACGCCGAUCAGCUCUCGCAGGGCCAGCGCCAGCUCCUGUGCAUUGCCCGGGCUAUGCUGGCGGACAAACGGAUCAUCCUAAUCGAUGAGGCCAGUAGCAACGUCGACGAGCGGUCCGAGCGGCUCAUAAGGGAUAUCAUGCGCGAGCAGUUUGCCAGCUGCACCGUCAUUGCCGUUGCGCAUCGCCUCGGUGCUGUCGUCGACUUCGAUCGUGUUGCUGUCAUGGGCGGUGGUCGGCUCUUGGAAUGGGAUAGUCCUCAUGCCCUCCUGAAACGGGAUAGCGAGUUUAAGAGGCUUUGGCAUCUUGGGGGGAGUUAA